AAAUAUAAUCCCUUCCUUUACCUCUUCGCUGCUGCCUGCUGCUUUUUUUUUUUUCGUCGAGAGAAGCGAAGACAAAAAAGCUCGUAACGUACACGACAUAGUUUUUUUUUUCCUCAGAUCUGAGAGAGACCUAAGAGAAACUGUUUUCGGAGAGGGGUACCCGGAGAGAGGAUGAGCGGGAAAGGAGGAGGUGCUGGAAAUAAUGGGAUAGGGAAGGGUAAUAGUGGAAUUUCAGGUAUUCCGGCUGGGUCUCGGAAGAUGGUACAGAGCUUGAAGGAGAUUGUGAACUGCCCUGAACCCGAGAUCUAUGCCAUGCUUAAAGAGUGUAACAUGGACCCUAACGAGGCCGUCAAUCGCCUCCUCUCUCAAGAUCCUUUUCACGAGGUGAAGAGCAAACGAGACAAGAAAAAAGAGAGCAAAGACACAGUUGAUUCCAGGUCUCGUGGUGCCAACAACCUUGGGAGUCGUGGUGGUAGGAGUGGUUCAGACCGAUAUAUGGGGCGUGGUGGCUCAUCCUAUUAUAGUUCUAAUGAGUCUGGACCUUUCCAUGGUAAACCUGCUCAAAAGAGGGAAAAUGGAACUCACGCUUAUGCAGGUUCUUCAUCUUCUGCAUCUGGUGUGCAAGGAAACAACAUGAAUCGGAGACCGCCAUCCCAUAGUGAAGCUGGUAUCGCCGGACAUAAAACAACCACAGCAGGUUUAGUUGAUGGUAUUUCUUCAUCUUCACAACCUUGUGGAUACCAGUCUGCUUGGUUGGGGGCUCCAGGUCAAGUAUCAAUGGCUGAUAUUGUGAAGAUGGGCAGACCACAAAACAAGGCUUCUGUCAUACCAAACCCACCUCACCAAAGUGUUAAUAAUCGGCAUCUUGCAGUACCUCAUUCUGCAGAAGUACAUCCCAACUUACGUUCACCACAUGGUCAUGCUUCCAAGGUGUCCGAUGUCACUUACGAGCCUGAUAUCACCACAAACCAGCGUAGUUCCCCAAGUGAUGAAUGGCCCCCCAUUGACAAUUCAUCUGCUGUUAACGUGAACCCUAUCUUAGAAGCACCUGCAGAAUCUGGAUUGUAUGCAGAGGCAUCUAACUUGCCUGUGGAUAGAAUCAACCAACUCAUGAAAGCCGAGUUAGAGGAAGCUCAGGCAGUGGAUGAUGGUCCUGUCGAAACUGUUGAUGGUAAUCAUGUUGAGUCUCCUUCUAUUUCAACUAGAAAUAUACAAGAGGAUGAUUCUGGAGGCUCAUCUCUUUAUGAUAAUAACUUACAUAAGGAUGCCAAUUCUUAUCAGCCUCAAAGGCAUGCUUUUGAGCAUGAUGAAGCCGAAGAUGGUUCUUCAUCAGUUGCUGUGAAUAUGCAGCAACUUAAUUUGCAUAAUGAUGACCAGGAGGCAUCAUUUGAAGAGGAUAAUCCAUCUGUAAUCAUACCAAACCACCUGCAAGUCCACACCCCGGACUGUUCACAUUUGAGUUUUGGAAGUUUUGGACCUGCAAUUGGUUCUGCCUUUCCUGGAUCAUUUGCAUCAAGGCCCUUGAAGAAUAAUUUGGAUGAAGCUCCUGAAUCAGCUGAUAUCUCUACUAUUGGGCACUCCGAGAAUAGAAAUCCCGAGUAUUAUGGGGACGAACAUCUCAGAAGUAAUGCAGAGGGAAAUAUAAUGAUUAGAAGUACUGUCAACACUGGAAAUUAUGAAGCUACUGAAGAUUCUCAACCAGCAGUACUGAAACAGGAUGCUUCUGAAGCUGCCCAAGGGAACCAAUAUGCAUUUCCUUCAUCUGCAUCUGGUUAUAGCUAUGAGAACUCUCAACAGUUAAAUCCUGCUUUUACUCAUCCUCAGACAAGCACUCAAAUGCAGAAUCUCACUCCGUUCUCAAGCGUAAUGCAAGCAUAUACAAAUUCAUUGCAAAGCACUUUGCUGACAUCAACUGUUCAGACUGCAAGGGAGCCAGAUCUUCCAUAUUCACCCUUCCCUGUGACUCAGUCAAUGCCAACAAAAUACACCAAUGCAGUCUCUUCCAUUAGUGGCCCCACAAUUUCUAUGCCAGAGGCUCUGAGAGCAGCUAGUAUAUCUGCACCACAGGCGACUCCACAGACCCUUCCUAGUGCCAGUGUUGCCACGGGACCUGCUCUUCCUCAGCAUCUAGCCAUGCACCCUUUUUCCCAACCUACGCUUCCAUUGGGACAUUUCGCGAACAUGAUUAGUUAUCCUUUCUUGCCUCAAAGUUACACUUAUGUGCCAUCAGCUUUCCAGCAAGGAUUUGCUGGUAAUAGUAACUACCCUCAGUCCCUGGCAGCAGUGCUCCCCCAAUACAAAAAUAGUGUUUCUGUUAGCAGUUUGCCUCAAUCUGCUGCAAUUGCAUCUGGCUAUGGGUUUGGGAGUUCUACCAAUAUUCCUGGAGGACUUCCUCUGAAUCCGCCUACAGCACCUGCAGGCACAACCAUUGGCUAUGAUGAUAUUCUGAGUUCUCAGUACAAGGACAGCAAUCAUUUGAUGUCGCUUCAACAGACUGAGAAUUCGGCUAUGUGGGUUCAUGGCCCUGGCUCACGAACAAUGUCUGCUGUUCCUGGAAGCAAUUAUUACAGCUUCCAGGGGCAAAACCAGCAGGGUGGUGGAUUUCGACAAGGGCAACAACCUUCGCAGCAUUUCGGGGCUCUUGGAUACCCAAAUUUCUACCAUUCACAAACAGGAGUAUUGGGGGACCAUCAGCAGCAAAACCCUAUGGAUGGAUCCCUGAGUGGGUCUCAAGGCCAGCCAUCAAAGCAGACCCAACAGUUGUGGCAAAACAAUUACUAAUGUUAUCACCUCCGGGUUUUUCAGGGUCUUGGUAGUGAGUUUGAAAGUGGCCAAUCGAAGGCAUUCGUGCGAUUGAAUAAUUACAUGUAUGGUUGAUAGGGGUCUGAAGAGACCUUGAAUGGCUACUGCCCUGUGCCACGAGGUUGUAUUUUACUUAUUUAUUGUCUGGUUAUGUUAACUUAGGAACACAGUGUGCUAAUUUGGGAUGGUGGACGUUGCCCUUCA